CCCCCCUCCCUCACCCUUCUGCCUCAUCAACUCCCUCCUCCCCUGCUGCCUCCACCUUAUCCUCACCUCAGCUCAGCAGCUCGCUCGCCCCACCUCCGUCUCCGCCCCCAGCCUCCAAUGGCGUCGGCCAACGCCAUCUCCACCGCCUCCCUCCUCCGCUCCUUCUCCUCCCAGGGGAGGCUGAGGAGGUCCAAGAACGGCCGUUCGUCGCGGCUGGUGGUGCGCGCGGACGCCAAGGAGAUCGCCUUCGACCAGAAGUCCCGGGCCGCGCUCCAGGCCGGCGUCGAGAAGCUCGCCAACGCCGUCGGCGUCACCCUCGGCCCGCGAGGGAGGAAUGUAGUGCUGGAUGAGCAUGGCAACCCCAAAGUGGUGAACGAUGGUGUUACCAUUGCCCGUGCUAUUGAGCUAGCUAACCCAAUGGAAAAUGCCGGUGCAGCUCUGAUUCGUGAGGUUGCUAGCAAGACUAAUGAUUCUGCUGGUGAUGGGACUACGACUGCUUGUGUCCUUGCUCGAGAAAUCAUCAAGCUGGGCAUUCUGAGCGUAACUUCUGGUGCAAACCCUGUAUCACUAAAGAAAGGAAUCGACAAAACUGUCCAGGGUCUGAUUGAAGAGCUUGAAAGAAAAGCUAGACCAGUCAAGGGCAGUGGUGAUAUCAAAGCUGUUGCCUCCAUCUCUGCUGGUAACGAUGAACUUAUUGGAGCCAUGAUUGCUGAUGCCAUUGACAAAGUGGGUCCAGAUGGUGUCCUUUCGAUCGAGUCGUCUUCGUCUUUUGAGACUACUGUUGAUGUUGAAGAAGGAAUGGAGAUUGACCGUGGCUACAUUUCCCCUCAAUUCGUGACAAACCUUGAGAAAUCGAUUGUGGAGUUUGAGAAUGCUAGAGUUCUUAUAACUGAUCAGAAGAUCACAAGCAUAAAGGAAAUCAUUCCACUUCUGGAGCAGACUACACAGUUGAGAUGUCCGCUAUUCAUUGUAGCCGAGGACAUUACUGGUGAAGCUUUGGCGACUCUUGUUGUUAACAAGCUCAGAGGUAUUAUUAACGUUGCGGCGAUCAAAGCCCCAAGUUUCGGUGAGCGGCGGAAGGCUGUCCUUCAGGAUAUUGCCAUCGUGACAGGUGCUGAAUACCUAGCGAAGGAUCUUGGUCUGUUGGUUGAGAAUGCGACGGUAGACCAACUUGGGACAGCAAGGAAAAUCACAAUUCAUCAGACUACAACCACCCUCAUAGCAGAUGCAGCUAGCAAAGACGAGAUCCAGGCGAGGGUUGCACAGCUAAAGAAGGAGCUUUCUGAAACUGAUUCCAUCUAUGAUUCUGAGAAAUUGGCUGAGAGGAUUGCCAAGCUUUCUGGUGGUGUGGCCGUCAUCAAGGUUGGAGCAACAACUGAGACAGAGCUCGAGGACCGUCAGCUGCGGAUCGAGGACGCGAAGAACGCCACUUUCGCUGCCAUCGAGGAGGGCAUUGUUCCCGGUGGUGGUGCGGCAUAUGUGCACCUAUCUACCUAUGUCCCUGCGAUCAAAGAAACAAUUGAAGACCACGACGAGCGCCUUGGUGCUGACAUCAUUCAGAAGGCAUUGCAAGCACCGGCAUCGCUGAUCGCCAACAACGCUGGAGUGGAAGGGGAAGUUGUGAUCGAGAAGAUCAAGGAUAGCGAGUGGGAGAUGGGUUACAACGCGAUGACAGACAAGUACGAGAACCUGAUCGAGUCGGGUGUCAUCGACCCCGCCAAGGUGACGAGAUGCGCGCUCCAGAACGCCGCCUCGGUGUCCGGAAUGGUCCUCACCACGCAAGCGAUCGUCGUCGAGAAGCCCAAGCCGAAGGCUAAGGUCGCGGAGCCAGCGGAGGGGCAGCUCUCCGUCUGAUCGAGCCUGUAAAGCUCUUCAGGCCUCGUCCGUGUUUUUUAGAUGCUUCAGUUCAGGCCAAGCAGUAGAAUUUUGGUUGAGAUCAAUUGAAAGUGAAAAAGGUCUAGAGUAGGAUUGCCAUUUUUGCGAAUCGAAAGGUAACCUUCCUCGCCUGAUCUGAAACUCUUGUGGAUCAAAGAAAUCUUCAGCGUCAUUUUUUAAAUAAAAAUACCGAUAAGACCACAGUGAUUUCCAUU